AUUACAGAGGGCGCUAAAUGUUAACACUUAAUAUUUUUGACAGAAAUAAGCAGAAAAAAAAAAUUCAUAAAAUCGUGAAAGUGAAAAACAUUUUUGCAAAUUUGCAAUAACUUUAUAUCUAUACUGGAUUUCGAAGAAUUUUCUUGUAUUUCAAAAAUUAUUCCUGAUGGUUCGAAAUUAUGUAAGAAAAACUCCCUUGGAAAAAUUAGCAUACAUGAAGGAAAAACCUCCGGAAGUCGAGAUUUGUAUUAAAAACGUGAAUGAAAAAAAGAUGACAAUAACUGAAAUGUCUUCAAAACUUGGAAUAACAAGGAAAACUGCUGCCAAUUAUAUACGGGAAUAUAAUAAUAAUACUUAUGAGACAGUAAAAGUUGGUCAUCCCACUGUUUUCACCGUUGAAGAGGAGUCAAUUUUUCGGGCUCACAUUAUUCAUUUAGAAGAAAGUGGAUUUCCAGUCAGUAAAAUGGAUCUUAAAAUUAUUGUUCAAAAUUAUUUGGAGCAAUCAGGACGAGUAGUUAGUACAUUUAAAAAAAAUAUUCCAGGAGAAGGCUGGAUAAGUGGAUUUUUGAGUCGACACACAGAUCUCUCACAACGGUUUGCCAGUAACAUAUCAAAAGCGCGAACUGCUGUCAACGAAGAUGUAAUAAAUGAAUAUAUAAAUAAUCUGUCAACAACAAUCAACGAUGUGCCACCUGAAAAUAUAUUCAAUUACGACGAAAUCAAUUUUACCGAUGAUCUUGAAAAAAAGAAAAUCAUUUGUAAAAAAGGUACAAAAUACUCCGAGACAAUUAACAAUUCGAGUAAGUCAAGCACAAGUAUAAUGUUCUGUGGAAAUGCUGCGGGGAAACAAGUAUCACCGUACAUUGUUUUUAAAUCAGAGCACAUGUGGAAAAAAUGGACCGAGGGUGGACCAAUGGAUGCCCGUUAUAAUAGAACAUCGCACGGUUGGUUCGAUUCAUGCUGCUUCGAAGAUUGGUUUAUUUAUCACCUUCAUCCAAUUUUAAAAAAACUCCACGGAAAGAAGGUCAUUAUUGGUGACAAUCUUUCAAGCCACCUAAGUACAAAAGUAACGGAAAUCUGCAAAAAGGAAAACAUACAUUUCGUCUGCCUUCCUCCAAAUUCGAUCGAUUUUUUUCAACCUUUAGAUAUUGCCUAUUAUUGUCCAUUAAAAAUCGAGUGGAGGAAAACGUUAACUGCAUACAAAGAGAGCGAAGAGGGUCGAAAAUUUGCCAUAAUGCCAAAUGACAAAAUUGCCAGUCUUCUUAAAACCUGCUUAGACGGUUUGAAAUUAAAAAUUUCAGACAACUUGCAAGAAGGAUUUCAUGAAUGUGGAAUUUAUCCUUUUGAUAGAAACCAAAUCCUUGCGAAAUUAGUUUCUUCACAAUCUGAAACAGACAAAAAUCUAAUUGGAGAGGCUUUUUUAAAACGCGUGCAAGAUAUUCGAGAUCAUAUCGUACCAACUGAAACAAAACGUAAACGUAAUAGUGAAAACCAUUGAGAUUCACCUCGUGAUAGAUAUUUUUUAAUUAUAUAAUGUUUCAUAAAAAGUUAUCGUUUAAAUAAAUCUUGAUUUCCUUAAAA